AACCUCGACACUCCGAGCUGGUGCUGAGCUCUACCCGCCAUGUCUCAAUCCCUCCGCCCGUACCUCCAGUGCGUGCGCUCGUCGCUCACGGCUGCCCUAUCGCUCUCCAACUUUGCUUCACAGGCCUCGGAGCGCCACAAUGUCCCCGAGAUCGAGGCUGCGAGCUCCCCGGAAGUCAUCCUGAACCCCCUCACUGUGUCGAGAAACGAGAACGAGCGCGUAUACAUCGAGCCCAGCAUCAACAGUGUGCGAAUAAGCAUCAAGAUCAAGCAGGCAGAUGAGAUUGAGCACAUUCUGGUCCACAAGUUCACACGGUUCCUGACGCAGCGAGCCGAGUCAUUCUACAUUCUGCGGAGGAAGCCUGUCAAGGGCUACGACAUCUCGUUCCUCAUCACCAACUUCCACACCGAGGAGAUGUUGAAGCACAAGCUGGUCGACUUCAUCAUUCAAUUCAUGGAAGAGGUCGACAAGGAGAUCUCGGAAAUGAAGCUCUUUUUGAACGCAAGAGCACGUUUCGUUGCCGAAUCUUUCCUUACUCCAUUUGAUUAAGCGCGCGAGGAGGGUGUUUAUAUAUAUGGCGACGUACGGCCAUCGAAAUAGAAGCAGCUUCACGAAACAGACCAUGGUCGAGGGCCGAGCCGUUUGCUUGCAAACAAGUGUGGGCAUGGAAAAGUUGCGAUCCAAGCUGAGCAUUCGACCAGCAAUGAAUACAAUCACGAACUUGAAACACCUUGCCGUACAUGACGCACUCCAGCGAUGCUUCGAAUAUGUCUGCAGAAUACGAGCUACUUGAUCAAUUGACGAAGA